AUGGCUGUUACUUAUCCAACGGAUUAUCCUUUUUAUGUCGAUGAUGAAGGAUGGCCAGAGAAAGUUUAUACUCCACCAUAUCCUCAUGAAUAUUAUUAUGAUAAUGAACAAAAUUCUAAUGAAAAUAAUUCAACUAGAACUCGAACAUUACAAAAUCCAUCCAAAUUUAACAAUGUUCACCAUCAUCGAAUAAAUUCCAGUGAAUUACUUCCAUUACCAAUACGUCGUCAUACUCCAGGUUCUACUGAUCCAACAUUACAACAUACAUCAUCUCGAAUUCAUUCAUCAACAUCCAAUGCAUAUAUUCCACUUAAACGAGAGUCAUCACAAUCUAAUCUUUAUACGAUAUCUAAUCAAAAUCAUUCAUCAAAAUCUUUAGAUCCUGAUGAACGACCUAUUAAACCAAUGAAAGAUACAUCUGUUUAUAAUAAAUCAUCAUUACCAGAAAAAUUUACUCAACCGAUAAAAAAACCUUUAUCACGACCAAAAUUAAUACAAUCUUCACCUCGAUUGGAAUCGAAUUCAUUUCAAUUACCACCAUCACGUAUACAAAAUACUAGCACAACACCUCGUCGUCCUAUUCGUCUUGAUGUAAUUCCAAAAACACCAAUUAGUUUUCCAUCACAACCUAUUCAAACUCGUCGAAUUAUAGUAGAAGAUUAUGUUGAUAAUAAUAAUCGUUUCGCAUCAUAUGUUAAGCCUGUUCCAAAAAAAAUUGUUGCAUAUCAAGAAGUAUCAGGUAUGACCACACGUGAAAUGGAAAAUUAUCUUAUGUCAAAAGAUCAACGUGUUACUCGUAUUCGACCACCACCAAUAAAAACAGUAAUCUAUCGGCCUUAA